CUUCUGCCUUGUACGUAUUUAAACCCCUCCAAAUCUUCCCACUACAGACACAAACAAACCCAAAUUUCAUCACUUUACGCACCCAAAACACAUCACACACACCCCCUUUUCUUCUUUUCAUCCUUCUAUCUUUCACGUACCGGAAUUACAGAAUAAACGUUUCAUGGCGGAUAGGAAAGAUAAUAUAUCGGAUUGCGGUGACGAAUCCGAAUCAGAGUAUGAAGUGGCAGAGAGUAUGUAUGAAGAAGAGGGUGCUGGUGCCGGCGGCGAUGAACCCGAAGGAAGAACUUACCAACAAUGGCCGCAAAGUUUCAGGGAAGCAACUGAUAUGUUUUCAAUUGCUGCAACUCCUCAAAUGACAUCUGUAAUACGCCGAGCUAGUAGUAUUUUUUCAAGUUUUGACUUCCAAAGUUCUGGUAACUUGGAUGCUACUGGGAAGGUUCCAUUGUUGCCUGACCUUGAAAAAGUAUUUCAAAGACGAGACUCUGCAAGGCCGUCGAGAGUACCCUCGAGAGUACAACCUUCGUUCUCACAGAGGUCAACAUAUCAUAAGCAACCAACUGGGGAACUUCCUAUUAGCUAUGGAUGUACACUAGUUCAAACUAUUUUCAAUGGCUUAAAUGUAUUGGCUGGGAUUGGACUUCUUUCAACAGCAUUUACAGUGAGAGAAGCUGGUUGGGCAAGUUUAGCAGUGCUUGUUCUUUUUGCUGUUGUAUGUUGUUACACAGCCACUCUAAUGCGGAGGUGUUUCGAAACCAAAUUUGGUAUCUGGACCUUUGCUGAUAUGGGAGAAGCUGCAUUUGGCAAAUUUGGGCGUAUAUUUGUUUCUAUCCUUUUGUACUUGGAGCUAUAUUCAUCUUGCGUGGAAUAUGUUAUUUUGGAGGGUGAUAACCUUACCAGGUUAUUCCCUGGAGUGAAGAUUGAUUUGCCGAGUUUCAAAUUAAGUUCUGAGAAAAUAUUUGCAACCCUAGGUGUACUUGUCAUUCUCCCAACAUUAUGGUUGAAGGAUUUACGACUGAUCUCUUAUCUUUCAGCUGGAGGGGUGCUUUCAGCCGCUACAUUAGUUCUUUCUCUACUACUUCUUGGUACAGCAGAUAAUGUGGGAUUUCACCAUACAGGUCAAGUGGUAAACUGGAAAGGUGUUCCAUUUGCAGUUGGUGUCCAUGGUUUCUGCUAUUCAGGGCACUCCGUUUUUCCAAAUAUCUACCAUUCUAUGGCUGACAAAACCCAAUUUACAAAGGCUUUAAUUAUAUGUUUUAGUUUGUGUGUUCUCAUGUAUGGUGGCGCUGCAGUCAUGGGAUUUAUGAUGUUUGGUCCAGACACACUGUCACAGAUUACUUUGAAUAUGCCAAAAGAUUUCGUUGUUUCUAAAGUUGCAGUAUGGACAACAGUUUUAAUCCCAAUCGCCAAAUAUGCCUUGCUAAUGAAUCCAUGUGCUAGGAGUAUAGAAGAACUUCUGCCUCAUAGUUUGUCUACCAACUUUUGGUGUUUCGUUCUGCUAAGGACUGCCCUCGCCAUAUCUACUCUUUUUGUUGCUUUUACGGUUCCCUUUUUCAGUACUAUGAUGGCACUUGUUGGUUCUCUCUGUAGUGUACUUAUGGCAUUGAUAAUGCCAUCUCUGUGCUUUCUGAAAAUUGUGGGUGAUGAGGCAACAAGUAAACAGGUCACGUUGAGUAUUGCAAUCGUUUGUUUGGGCAUAAUCUGUGGCAGCGUUGGGACUUACAGUUCAAUAUCGCGGCUUCUGGGGCAAUUAUGACGCACCAACAGCUCUCUUUCUUGUGUUUGAGGUUCUUAUGUAAACACUUCACAAUCCCAGCUAGAUUGUACCUUUAACAUAUAUGGCCAUGGUUUUUUUUUUUUUUUUUUUGGAAUACUACACUCUGUAACAACUUACAAUGUAGUAUAGCAAUGGGUUAGUGUACACCUUAUAUAAGUGUAGUAUUAUUGUCUUUACCUC